AUGUCAAAAAAGAACGACGACCGCAAAAACAUCGUUAUCGUGGGCGGUGGUGCCGGAGGCUCACGGGUCGCUCACUCACUUUCUACCAAGCUAGAUACAGCAAAGUUCAACAUCGUUCUGAUAGACGCACGUCCGGACUUUAUCUUGUUGCCUGCAACGGCAAGAGCAGUUGUCUCCAACCCCAAUAACCUCGAAAAGCGAAUCCUCGUACCGCUGAAGGACGUCUUCUCCAAGAAUAACGGCACCUUCAUCCAAGCAGAAGUCACUGGGAUCGAAAAAUCCGAGAAUGGUGGUGUUGUGGUGUUGUCCAACGAAGAGCGCAUUCCGUACGACAUUUUGGUCCUAUCGCCUGGUUCAAGAUGGACUGCACCCUUUGCUUUCCCGAAUAACAACAUUCGAGACUAUUUCUAUGCCAGCAGAGCCAACAUCGAAGCCGCUCAGAACAUCGUCCUGGUCGGUGCUGGGGCAGUUGCUAUCGAACUCGCUGGCGAGAUUGCUGAUGUUUACCCGAAAAAAUCAGUCACCAUAGUUCAAGCCGCAGGGAUGGUUUUGAACAAGGUUUAUCCGGACAAGUUCAGACGGGCGUUGGAAAGUCGGUUAAUUGCACGCAACAUCGAACUCAUCUUUGGCGAAUAUGUUGAAGAUACCCAGAUUAAAAACGGCACCAUCAAGACUAAAAGCGGAAAAGUCAUCAAAGCAGAUCUAGUGAUAUCGACUGUAGGUCCCCAACCCAACACAGAAUUUAUCGCCAAAUCAUUAGGUUCCGACGCGUUAACGGAAAAUGGGUAUAUCAAGGUCGCACCUACUCUGCGACUAUUGAACCAUCCCAAUAUAUAUGCCGUCGGAGAUGCCAUUGAUUAUGCUGAACAGAAGCAAUACAUGAAGUCGAUCAACCAAGCUAACAUUGUAGCGGCGAACAUAAUCGCCUCCAUCCACAACAAACCCCUAUCGCCUUAUAAAGGAUCAAGAGAAAUUAUUGUCAUUACUAUAGGAAAAAACGGUGGUGUGGCAUUCUUCGACGUUCUGUGGGGAAUUGUUCUUGGAGAUUGGUUCUGUCGCCUCGUCAAGUCAAGAUCUUUGAUGGUCAAUAGGCUGAAAUCACUCAUUGGACUAUAG